AUGCCGAGGGUGGGUUAUUCCAGCAGAAUAAGUUCCAUGUCUGCGAUCGAGUGGCCAGGUUGAUUAAAGUGGAAAGGGACUGCUGCUGUGGCGUUUGCGUGGUUGCCAUAUUUGACUGAUAUCUCUACAGAGUACAAUACUCGGCUAUGAGGUGCCCAAAUUACAAAAGAUCUCACCUCUCUACAACAACCACUUUGUUCUGUCCCCAAGGUGACCAUUGUGGAGAGGUUCAACUGUAUUUAAAAAUACCUUGGAACUUUAAAAUUAUCAUGUACACUUAUAUGUAGCUUUGCUUAAUCUUCAAUUUGUUAUUUUGUUUUUCAGACAGAAGAGAAUAACAAAGAUUUGUCUUAAACAGGGUUGGGGCAGAUCUUGAGCUAUUCAAAAGUGGCUCCAACAAUAGAGGAGUAGCUGAAGUGAAGGACAUCAUGGCCACAGGAAAGAGAUCGCAAGUUGCCAGGUUGGUUAUUUUGUUAACCUUCGUUAUUAAUACUCUCAGUGGUUACCUACUGAAUUUUAGAAAAAGAUUUAGUUCUGGAAAGUUUGCUGACAUAGGCCAGGAAGUCAUUUGAACAUGGCAGGGCUUUUGCUGAAAUUUCAAGUUUCUUGGUAUAUGAAAUUUGUAGGGGGAAAUUAGCCUGCAAAAACAGCCAUUUCUCUUCGCUCCUUGCUGCUGGCAAUGUUUUGUGAGGAGCAACAUUUAUGACUAAUGUUUCCUUUGAAUUAUUUGUUUUAUGAUCCCUGAAAAGCUUCAUAAGGGGAGAGGAUAAUUAGUUGUUUAAAAUCAAAAUUGAAAAUUUCAGUUCCUCCUAGGAUCUACUGCUCCACGUACGAAUGAUUGCUAAUUUUUUUAAUAAGCCACUAUCCGAUGAACUCAUCAAUCGUAUUGCAGAGCAAUGUACAUUCAAGAACAUGAAGAAAUAUGAUAUCAGUUAUAGGAUUCGGAACGAAGAGAGUUCCUUGCUUCUCCGGAAGGGAGUCGUCAGUGGAUGGAAGAAUUACUUUACUCCAGAACUGAAUGAGAGAUUUGAAAAGGAAGUGUUGGAAAAACUGAAAGGAACUGGAUUAGAAUUUGAUUUUGAGUUAUAA